AGCUGAUUUAGCAAGUGUCAGUGAUCAAGUAAAACAAGGCAAAUUCGAAAGUGUGAAUAUCAAACAGUACCGUUAGGCCGCUGCCUACGACUUCCUCGUCUCAGUGAUGAGAGGCUCCACAGUCGUUGUCCCUUGCAAAUUGCAACUGCAAAGCGCGGCCCUGCUUGCCGGUAGGAGGAGGGUCCCCGCCCCGGUUUAUAGUAACCGCAGCAGCAGCAGCAGGUUUACGGGCGGAGUGAAGGGAAGCCGCGCCGCACCCGCAGUCACUCUCGCCGUCGCAGCACAGCGGCAGGGCAGAAGCGGCUGCCCCUGCUGCGUUUCCGUCCGUCGCCCGCCCGCCCGCCCGGCGCCCGCUUCUCUUUUGCCCGCCUCUCUCUCUUUUGCAUACGCCUUUCAUCUCCACCCCAGUCCCCACCCGCCCGCACCGAGGAAAAACUUUUUUGAAAACAAAAAACCCCCCACUCCCACGUCCCACCACCUCGCCUCGGCCGCUGCGACAGUGCAUACGCCCCCUCCCCUCCUGACUCCUGUUGCGUAUACACCGUAUGUGUCUACUGUGACUCCGGGUCCCGGGGGGGUAAGCGACCGAGCAAGGCUUCGUCUCCGGCGGCGGAGGCGGAUCUGGGAGGGAUGGGGAACCGGAUAGGCGGGCGGCGCAAGUCGGGGGUGGAGGAGCGGUUCACGCGGCCGCAGGGUCUCUACGACCACAAGGACAUCGACCAGAAGAAGCUGCGCAAGCUCAUCCUCGAGGCCAAGCUCGCGCCCUGCUACCCGGGCGCCGACGACGCCGCGCCCGGCGGAGGGGACCUCGAGGAGUGCCCCAUCUGCUUCCUGUACUACCCAAGCCUCAACCGUUCAAAGUGUUGCUCAAAGGGGAUAUGUACAGAGUGUUUUCUUCAAAUGAAACCAACUCAUACUGCUCGACCUACACAGUGCCCAUUCUGCAAAACGCCUAAUUAUGCUGUGGAGUAUCGUGGUGUGAAAACAAAGGAGGAAAGGAGCAUAGAGCAGUUUGAAGAACAGAAAGUCAUAGAAGCACAGUUGAGGAUGCGCCAAAAAGAACUCCAAGAUGAAGAAGCUAAAAUGAGAAGAAAACAGGGCAGGUGUUCUUCUAGCAGAACGGUAACACCAACAACAGAAGUUGAGUAUCGAGAUAUUUGCAGCACAUCCUUUUCAGUGCCAUCAUAUCAAUGUACUGAGCAAGGAAAUGAAUGCUGUUCAUCUGAACCUUCAUGCUCUAGCCAGGCUAACAGGCGGCCUUUCCAUUCUAGACACAACCGUGAUGAUAAUGUUGACAUGAAUCUGGAGAACAUGAUGGUUAUGGAAGCAAUUUGGCGUUCCAUUCAGGAACAAGGACAUCUAGUAAAUCCUGUUUGUGGCAGCUACUUUCCUGUAAUUGAGCCACCAUCACGUGAAAGGCAGGCAUUUCUUCCGGCUGCUCCUCUAGAAAUGCCUCAUCCAGGUGGAUACUCUUGUGUUGCGGCUUUGGCUGAGCACCAGCCACCAAGCAUGGAUUUCUCUUACAUGGCUGGCAGUAGCACAUACCCAGUCUUUGACAUGAUCCGCCGACCGUGCAACAUGUCUAGUGGAAGCUUGUGCAGCGUCGAGAACAGUUCACUAGACACCUGGAGCGGGAUGGCACCAAAUUGCAGCAGAGGAGUGGUAAGAGAGGAGGGAGAGUGCUCAACCGACCACUGGUCGGAGGGUGCGGAGGCGGGAACAAGCUAUGCCGGAUCGGACAUCAUGGUGGAUGCAGGGGCCAUGCAACCGCUGCCUUUCGCUGAGAAUUUCACCAUGGCUCCAAGCCACUUCCGCCCGGAGAGCAUCGAGGAGCAGAUGAUGUUUUCCAUGGCCGUGUCACUAGCAGAAGGUCAUCAUGGUAGGACGCAAGCGCAAGGUCUGGCAUGGUUGUAAGUUGUAUAACACUAAUUUUGACGCCUUGAUCCCUGCCCCUUUCUGUUGGUUCGACCUGCUUCCCCUGCACCUCUGCUUUUUUGCCACUUUGUUUAGCUUUUUGCUCCUUUUUUUUCUUUUCUUUCUUUUUUGCAUGUGUUGCUUCAUGGCUUGAUAUAGAUCUUGCUAUAGUCCUCCAUUGUCAUUGCUUAUAUGUAUGUAAAAUGGAAUAUGUGGAAAUAGGAAAGAAAAUGGGUCGAAAGUUCUUUUGCCGGUAGGA